AUGCCAAGUUUUCUUGAUAUUAUAAUAUUAGAAAAACUUACAAGUGAUAUUUAUUUGCAAUCUAUUUCAGGAGAAAUAUGGGGAAUUGAUGAACAUCAGAAAAUCCCGGAGAGACUUUUGACACAGUUUGAAAAUAAAUUCAUAAAAACAAUGACUGAAGAAAAAGUCAAUGACUGUCAUAGGAUAUUUGCAAGAAGUGCAUUUCCUCUGAACUCAGGCUUUUUUCCUUCCAGUCACAAUCUCUAUGAAUAUGAUUUGUUUAAAGAGUAUUUAGAACAUAAUAAUUUAAGCUAUCAAAAUAAUGAGAGAAUCCUUAUAAGAAAGGAAUACUAUGAAUAUAAUGAACCUAUGAAAUCAUUUGGCAAUAGCUUAUCACAUCUUGUAGUAACACCCUUUAAAUGUAAUCAUUGUGGGAAGGGAUUUACUCAAACCUUGGACCUCAUCAGACACCUGAGAAUUCAUACUGGAGAGAAACCCUAUGAAUGUAAAAAAUGUAGAAAAGCCUUCAGUCAAAAAGAAAAACUCACUAAACAUCAUAAAAUUCACAGUAGGGAGCAGACUUAUGAAUGUAAUGAAUGUAGAAAAACUUUCAUUAAAAUGUCAAAUCUCAUUAGACAUCAAAGAAUUCAUACUGGAGAGAAACCCUAUGCAUGUAAGGAAUGUGGGAAAUCCUUCAGCCAGAAAUCAAAUCUCAUUGAUCAUGAAAAAAUUCAUACUGGAGAGAAACCUUAUGAAUGUAGUGAGUGUGGAAAAGCAUUCAGUCAGAAGCAAAGCCUCACUGCACAUCAGAAAGUUCAUACUGGGGAGAAACCUUAUGCAUGCAAUGAAUGUGGUAAAGCUUUCCCUCGAAUUGCAUCCCUUGCUCUUCAUAUGAGAAGUCAUACAGGAGAAAAACCAUAUAAAUGUGAUAAAUGUGGAAAAGCCUUUUCUCAGUUUUCCAUGCUUAUUAUACAUGUGAGAAUUCAUACAGGUGAGAAACCCUAUGAAUGUAAUGAAUGUGGAAAAUCCUUCUCUCAAAGCUCAGCCCUUACUGUACAUAUGAGAAGUCAUACUGGUGAAAAACCCUAUGAAUGUAAGGAGUGUAGAAAAGCCUUCAGCCACAAGAAAAACUUCAUUACACAUCAAAAGAUUCAUACCAGAGAGAAACCUUAUGAAUGUAAUGAGUGUGGGAAAGCUUUCAUUCAGAUGUCAAAUCUGGUUAGACACCAGAGAAUUCACACUGGAGAAAAACCCUAUAUAUGUAAAGAAUGUGGCAAAGCCUUUAGCCAGAAAUCAAAUCUCAUUGCUCAUGAAAAAAUUCAUUCUGGAGAGAAACCCUAUGAAUGUAAUGAAUGUGGUAAAGCCUUCAGCCAAAAGCAAAACUUUAUUACACAUCAGAAAGUUCACACUGGAGAGAAACCUUAUGAUUGUAAUGAAUGUGGUAAAGCCUUCUCUCAAAUUGCAUCCCUUACUCUUCAUCUGAGAAGUCACACAGGGGAAAAGCCUUAUGAAUGUGAUAAAUGUGGAAAAGCCUUCUCUCAGUGUUCUUUGCUUAAUUUACAUAUGAGAAGUCAUACAGGUGAGAAGCCCUAUGUAUGUAAUGAAUGUGGAAAAGCCUUCUCUCAAAGAACUUCCCUUAUUGUGCACAUGAGAGGUCAUACAGGUGAGAAACCCUAUGAAUGUAAUAAAUGUGGAAAAGCAUUUUCUCAAAGCUCAUCCCUUACUAUACAUAUACGAGGUCAUACAGGUGAGAAACCCUUUGACUGUAGUAGAUGUGGAAAAGCCUUCUCUCAAAUCUCAUCUCUUACACUUCAUAUGAGAAAACACACAGGUGAGAAGCCUUAUCAUUGUAAUGAGUGUGGUAAGGCUUUCAGCCAGAAGUCACACCUUGUUAGACACCAGAGAAUUCAUACACAUUAGUAUAAAACUCUAUAUAUUGUGAGUAUGGAAAAGCCUUCAGAAGGAAUUAGCAUCCUUGUACUUUAUGUAAUAGGUUCUAGAGCAGGAAACUAUGAAUGUGGGAAAGGCUUUUGAAGAAGUCACACACUUGUGAAACAUGACAAUUCUUACCAAAGUGACAAAUUAUAUAGUGAAAAAGUUGAACAUCAAAAACCUUCAGCAGUUAUCUAUUGUUAAUACUUAUUCAGCAUUCUCAUUAAAAUAUGAAAUAUCUCUGUCACUAGCAUAUACCAACAUGAUAUUUGAUCUCUUAGCCAAUGUAUUAAGCAAGAAAGAGACUGGGGGGAAAAGAAACUAUAAAAAUAACCUUUUACAUGAGAAAAAUAGUAAGAAAACAUGUUGAUAUAAAAUACCUAAUAAAUACAAAAUGAAUUGCAAGAAUUUUGUGUAAAACGAUAAAGCAUUUUGAAAGGCACAAAACACCCAAAAAUUUGAGAAAAAUAACAUUAUCUGAAAAGACGUUUAUAAAACAAAUUCUCUUACAAAUUUCAAAGUUGAAAAUAUUUCCACUCAGUUCUUACCAGUUAGUUAUAUUUUAAGAAUUUCACAAACUGAUUAAAAAAUGUAAGAAUGCAAAGGACCCACAAAUAGCUGAAAUGUGAAAAAUAGAAGAUACAGUCUACUAGAUAACACAUACUGUAUUUGAAGCUGGUAUCAUUUAAACAGUGUUUUUGUGAGUAGAUAAAUGAGUGAGAACAAACAAGUUUGGAGGAGAGAGAGACAGGAAUUUUAUGUGAUAGUGCUAUUAAAAUCACUAUGGAAAGGAUGUCCUAUUCAAUAAAUGGAAGAUCAAUAUGAACAAAAGAUGUUAGCUCUUUAUACCGUACACAAAGUAAAAUCCAAAUAGAUUGAAAAGCAGAAUAUAAAAAGCAAAAUUCUAAAACUAUGAUGAAAAUAGGAUAUAUUUAUUACUUUAGAAUAACAGAAUUUCUCUAAAAAUACAUAGAUAUGGAAUAAUCAGUUCUAUUUUGUUGUACUGGCUUCAGAGGCAUAUAUGUGCCCAAAGAGAUGUAUAUAUCACUAUGUUCACUGCAUCAUGAUUUGUAUUACUGUAAAGUGGACAAAACAUGAAUUUCCAUUAGAGGGGAUAGAUCAAUAUGAUGUAAUUAUUUUAUGAUAGUAUACAGUAUUUAGAUAAAGUACAAAUUUGACAUAUAUGGAUCACAAUAUAUGAGAAAAAUAUACAGUGAAAACAUUUGUCUACAUUUAAUAAAAUAAUUCAAAGAACAGUACAGUGUAUUGAUCAUGGGUCCAUAUAUGAUACUGGUUGCCUUUUAGGAAGUUGGAAAUGUUUGGAGGGAGUCAUAUUUGUAGUAUUUCUUAAAUAAAAUGAUGAAAGAAAA